GGGCUGUCGUGUGAUUAUAAGAUGUUCAGCAGCAUUUCUGGCCUCUACCAACCAAGAGCCAGUAGCAGCCCAUGGCUGAACAGUUGUUAGUAAGAGCAUUAAAGGGUGGUAAAAGCACUAAGAUUGUUACCUUGAAUGGGAAGAAGAUGACAAAGAUGCCUUCAACAUUAGGAAAGCUGCCUGGCCUGAAGAUUCUAGACCUUCAGAAUAAUCUAAUCCCAAAUGUGUGCCCAGAGAUAAGCACCUUGACCCAGUUGACAGUACUAAAUCUGGGGAACAACCUUUUAGAAGAAGUUCCAAAAGAAUUAAAAUUCCUUACAUCCCUGAAGAAAAUGCAUUUAUUUGGAAAUAGAAUUCAGAGAUUUGCAUCUGGAGCAUGUGAUGGCUUGAAAAAUUUGAUCCUGCUUAAUCUGAACAACAAUCAGCUCACAUGCAUCCCUGAAGAAAUCUGCAGAUUAAAAAGCCUUAUAUAUUUGAGUAUAAAUCAUAACCAGCUAGCCAGUAUUCCUAGACAACUUUGUUUUCUAAGAAACCUUUCUGAACUUCAGCUUAACUACAAUCAGCUCAUUUGCAUACCUGAAGAGAUUAAGUUCUUGAAGAGGCUCCAGAAGCUUCUUCUAAACAGGAACAAUAUUGAAGUUUUGCCAGAGGGAUUGUGUGAUCUUAAAAACCUAAGAAUCUUAGACAUAGCUGAAAAUGUCAUUCGGAUAUUUCCACCAAGAUUUCAGAAUAUGAAGUUGAAGGAAUUCUAUUGUGAGGAAAACCCACUGUUCCUGAAGCAGCCUGUUACUGCUGCACAGCUGGAGGAAGUCUGGAGCCUACAGGAAAUAACAUCAAGAUUUAUAAUGAAUCAGCUAGAAGAUCGGAAUCCUUUCCUAAUGGAAGCUAUAGAAUGGUACCCACAGGUCAGGGACACACUUUCUAAAGGAAGAAAAUGUGCAAUAUGUGGAAAAUCAUUUUUAACCAUAUGGAUUGACUGUGUUGAAUUUGUUCCUCCAUCAAAGAGCUGGAAGAUAAACAGAAAUCUACAGCUAGUACCUCUUCAAAUGUUAAUUUGUUCUUACAAAUGUUUUAAUCAACGUGGCCCUAACCGGUUUGGAAUUGCUCAAGUGUAGAGCAG